UUUGUGAAGGUAAGCUAACCGUGAUAUCGACAGGUUUUAAAUGUAAAUAAUGCCAGUGACUACUGCGACCGCUGGCGAUGAGCAUCGAUUUGUUGCUUGAUGUAAUUGGGAUUGGAUGUUGUCGCUUAUAAAUGUUUUUGUCUUCUUUUUGACUUUUGAAAUAACAAUUAAUUUCUAACUGAAAUUUUUGUGGCAAGAUUUGUGUUUAAAGUACUGAAAAUACGGCAUUCCUUUCCGAAACGUACACAAAUACGCAACAUGAAUGAAUCAUAUUAUGACGACAUAUACGAUGAUAUAUUUUUUAUCAUCAACCACAGCCCUGUGUCUGAAUUUUGUAUGAUAAUGACUCUAGUGAUUGGUGUUAUCACGAUUAUUGAGAAUGCAGUAACUGUUUUGAUGUUAUGUUGCGUCCAGCAACUAAGAAAAAGACAACAUGUGUUGAUUGGAAAUCUCGCUGUUGUGGACUUUCUUGUUGGUAUAGUGACAAUCCAGAUUUUGAUCUCAAACUUUCGAAUACCAUACAUACUACAUUACUUUUCAAGUCUCAAGGUGACGAGCAGUGCCAUGUUCUCUCUAAUUUGGAUUUUUGCUGUGAGUCUAGAACGUUUCCUAGCUAUAGUCGUCGCUCCUGUACGUUAUCGGUACAUUUGUAAUAAAUGCAGAUUAAUAACUGCGUGUUUGUUGCUCUGGAUAAUUUCAAUCAUUUUCAUAUUCUUCAUUUUAGUAAUGAUGACUAUAGGAAUAUUUGACCAAAACUAUUUAAAAGUUGUGUAUUUGAUAUAUUUUUCAAUGACUUGCAUUAUUGGUAUUAUAUAUGUCAUCAUCUUUAUUUCUGUAAAACUUCAAAGUAAUCGAUUAGAGACGGGCUGUGUCUCCGGAGCUGCUCGGCAAGCCCGAUUGAAGUCGCUUUUCUUUACGUUUGCUAUUUUAUUUGGACUGCUUUGCUUGUGUUUACUACCAAAUCAAAUAUUCAUGAUGUUUAUAAUUAAUAACAAAUCAACAAAUGAUGGUUUUAGUUUUCAUAACACAUUACUAGCUGUAUUUUACGAUAUCAGUCACGUGUUACUUCCACUAAAUUCAGCGUUAAACCCGUUUGUGUAUUGGUGGCGUAUUCCAGAAUUUCGACAGGGAUAUACGCGCAUUUUAAUGCCAUGUAAAUCCAAGUGCUGCUCAGCAAGAGGAGCUGAACAUAGUGAUUCUGCAGUGGUUUCGACGACUACCACUUUGUGAAUAAUGUAAUAUACUAUCUAUGACUGUAACAAAAAGGUGGAGCCUCUGGCU